ACUUUUUCAAAAUGGGUAUGUCAAAAAUACGAUCAGCCAAAACUGCACGGUAAGUAAUAAAACGUUAAGCGGGUAAUGGAGUAUUAAGUUACUACUAAUUAGUACUCCCCUUUGUUACAGUGAAUACUGCGACAACGCAGUUAAAAAAGACUCGACUGAAGGUCAUACAACAAUAAAAUCGCUACUUCAUGAAGAAAUUGAGAAAAUACCGGAUUAUGGGAUAAAUAAAUAUGGAAAAAAACUAACAAAAAAUGUCAGUGCAUACGUAAAAAAGCGCCACCGAUACAUAUUCAAUACCAAUUUUUUAGAAAAAGGAGAAGAAAAAAGCGCAAGGGUAACUAUUAGGGAAUAUCUUUUUCGCUAUGUUCUCGAGAAAGACAAUGAAUCUGGCUCAGAAGAUAAAGCAGAUAUAACAAAUGAAAUGACACCUAUAGAGCGAGAUGAGGAACUCGGUGCCCUCAUGGAAAUUGAAGAUAAAUUAGACUAUACAUCACUCAAUAAUUUGAUUAAAACAAAAGUUAAUAAUCCUGGUAUUGUUGAUCCUAUAUCUGCAGAUUUUGAUGAAAUUAUUGAAAAACUUAGCAAACUCGGGCAGAAGUUAUCAAUUGAAAACCAGUUGCAUUCUUAUAUAACCGAGUUGCAACGAUUAAAAUUUUUAUUCAAGAAUAUCG